UUCUUCAAUCGAUCUAACAGUAAAUAUCUCUACUUGGAACAUGUGAUUUUACCCACAGAAAUUGAAAGUAUUAAGGAAAAAGGGAUCCAGAAUGUUAGAGAAAUCGAAGAAACAGAAGUGUUUUGUCAGUGAAGAAGAUAUAUCCAUUCUCUUACAAAGGUAUCCGGCAACGACAGUGCUAGGAGUGUUGCAAGAGGUGGUACAAGUUGCAGAUGAGAAAAUAGAUUGGGAUGAAUUGGUGAGGAAGUCUACUACUGGGAUUAACAAUGCAAGAGAGUAUCAAAUGCUAUGGCGGCAUUUGGCUUAUCGACAUGGUUUGCUUGAUAAAUUAGAUGAUGGGGCUCAACCUUUGGAUGAUGACAGUGAUUUAGAAUAUGAGUUGGAAGCUUUCCCUGCUGUAAGUAGUGAAGCUUCAGCAGAAGCUGCGGCAUGUGUGAAGGUACUAAUUGCUUCUGGGGUAUCAAAUGAUGCCAACAUGUUAAGUGGUUCAACUGUUGAGGCUCCAUUGACUAUAAAUAUACCAAAUGGCCAAACAUCUAGAACUGGUAUGGAUAAUUCAUUCCAAGGUACUUCUAUGCAUGGGACAAAUAUUACAGUCCCAGUUGCAGUGCAAAAACAGCCAUUGUCAACUGUGGCGGCUGCUGAGGGAUUGGAUACCAAUGGGCCCGCUUGCACCAACGUGGCUCCUCGACGAAAGCGUAAACCCUGGUCAGCAGCAGAAGACUUAGAACUCAUUGCUGCGGUCCAAAAAUGCGGCGAAGGAAACUGGGCAAACAUAUUGAAAGGGGAUUUUAAGGGAGACAGAACAGCUUCCCAGCUCUCUCAGAGGUGGGCCAUUAUUAGGAAGCGAAAGGGGACCGUGGUCGGGAAUGGCUCACAGCUUUCAGAGGCUCAGCUUGCAGCUCGUCGCGCUAUGUCCCUGGCUCUUAAUAUGCCUAUGGGAGAUAAAUUGAAAUCAACUUGUCCAAUUGGCGCUGGCGUGGGGCCAAAUUCAGGUGGCGGACCUAGUAACUCUUCGCAUCCUGUUACUGCUGACUGUCCAUCUGGUGGUGCACAAUCCCAGCAUCAACAAGACCCGCUAUCUUCAAAACCUCGGGUAGUCCCCCAAAAGCCAGCAGCAAAGCCUACUACAAACCCAGAUUCAAUGAUCAAAGUUGCUGCUGUGGCUGCAGGGGCUCGCAUUGCAACUGCUUCAAACCCUGCCUCACUGCUGAAGGUAGCACAACCUAAAAAUGCCCUCCAAAUACCUGGAGGAGCACCUGCAGUCAAAUCAUCUGUCCCAGGCAGUACAAAUGGCUUGCCCAGUAACGUGCACUUUAUACGUACCGGCUUGGUGUCCCAUUCCGCUGGCCCAUCAAAUGCCUCACGACCUGGAACUCAGCCAGUGUUGAGCCACUCUUUGAAACCCGCGUCACCCAUAGUUCAACAUAAACCAGCUGGUAAUUCAUCCAGACCAAAUGCUUCAGCUGAAUCCAAUGCCCCAACACGUGCUCCAACUGCUAAGCAAGAAGUUCUCCAAAAAAUCCAACAAGAUCAAACGCCUCCAUUAGCCAACCAAGAACUAAAAGAGGACAAACAAGAGGAUCGAGAUCAUGUUCAUGCUAAUGCUCCAGGCGUUCAGGUUCAAAAAAAGUUAAUUAAUUUGUCAAGUCGGAAGAUAGCCAACAAUGAUACGAGUGAUCCUGGCAAUGCACCAGCUAGAACUGAGAAUGGGAGUGCUAAUGGAGGUGAUCCCAGUAAGGAACCACCUAAAACUGAGAAUGAGAAAAAAUAGAAUGGAGUGACUACUAGGUUGGACCAACUUUGUCUGUAAAGUUAGAUUCAUGUUUGAUUAAUCUUAUCCAUCCUUGGGUGGUUUUGCUUUCUUUUUGCCUCUUUAAUGUAAAUGUGUAGUUUUCUCACGAUGCGUUGUCUAUAAUUAGGUGACAAAUUACAAUUCUUUGAUAUUCCCUUUUCUAUUGCUGAAUAAUACCCAUGUGUUAUUAUUUUGUUA